UAGACAGGUAUAGAGUACAUAUUAUAUAUGCCGCAAACUAGAGGACCGACGUCAGUGCCGACGCGACAGAAUGGGGGGCAGCAGAAGAACGGAAGUUGGUUCGUGAUAAGAGUAAUAAUAAUUAUAAUUAAAAAAAAAAAGCAGAUUUAAAAGAAAAGAACAUCACAGAAAGGUAAAAAUUAAAGUAUUAGCAGGUAGAAAAAAGACACAUACACUCACCUUAGAAAAAAGGGAAGCUGGGACCCAGUGUUCCCUCUAAGGCUAAAAUCCAUCCAUUUUUCGCUGUAACUGGCAACAACCUUCGCAAGUUAUUGUCAUAAAUGUCAACCUCAAUCAAGACUCCAGCCUCUCGAAGAAUCUUUUUUCUUGGGCUUGAAUAACAGGCAGUCCUGAUCACCAUGGAGACAGAUGGUGAUCAGAACUCUGGCGUGGCCAAUGGGAACACAGCCUCCGGGGGAAAUUCUCGACCCACACAGAUAGCACAGAUGUCGCUGUAUGAGAGACAGGCUGUACAGGCUCUCCAGGCAUUGCAGAGGCAGCCCAAUGCAGCUCAGUACUUCCAGCAGUUGAUGCUCCAGCAGCAUAUCAGCAGUGCUCAGCUCCACAGUUUCGCAGCCGUGCAGCAGGCUACACUUACAGCCAGCAGACAGGCCAGUUCUCCCAAUGCCAGCUUUGCGCAGCUCACCAGUACAUCCCAGGCUACUAUGAACUUAACCACAUCUUCUGGGGGCGGUGCCUUGCUGACAUCACGAGCAACAGGCCCUGCUCCCUCCACACAGGCCAGUGCUCUGAACCAGUCAGUGCUGCUGGGCAGUGCAGGAGCGGGGCAAGGGCAGAUGUAUCUCAGAGUGAACCGCUCUUUGAGAACUCCCCUCUCCUCUCAGUUCAUCCUCAUGUCGGGCGGGGCUGCUGCCAUGGCAACAGUCCAGCAGCAGCAGCAGCAGCAACAACAACAGGAAGUCCCAGCCACGAACACCAGUGGCCAUCCUGACAUCAACCAGGUUCAGAAACAGGCACUACGUUGCCCUCCCAGCUCUGCAGUGUUGUCUGUCUCAGCUGCUCCGGGACCUGCUCAGAGAACCACUCUGCCCAAAACAGAGGGAGCGGGACAGGGGGAGAAGAAAGCAGGAGAGGCAGAGAGUGGAGGCGGAGGAGUGGGCAUCAAUCUCACCAGGAAUAUCAGCAACUCGCAGGCUACUCUUAUUACUACAGCACCUUACUCAUUGCUUCAACAGCAGUUCACUUCUCACCAACAACAAAAAUCAAAUCCCAGCCAGCAGCAACUUUUAAUGCAUCACCAGCAGCAAUCAGCAAGCAGUCUGGCUACACACCACACAAAUCAACAACAGCACCAGCAAGCAAACAGUGCGGCCACAGCCAUGCAGCAGACGCAUCAUUGUACCGCAUCCAGUGCCAACGCAACUUCGAACAAUUCCCAUUGCCUUGCAUCACUGGCCAACACAUCCGCCCACCAGCAGCAACACCCCAGCUCCUCCCAGUCCUCCCGGCAGAUGGUCCUCCAUACCUCCACUCUCAGUUACCAGCCCCGAGCCAUCACUUCAGUGACCAACACCGCUCAGAUUCUGCACACCUCGGUGGCGGUUGGGCUGUCGCAGAGCACCCAGUCCAUAGGGGGAGCCCAAACACUGGUGGUGCAACCAUUACCACCCCAGAAUCAGACCUACGAAAACCGCUUGUCAGUAACCCGUCACAGCAACUUGACACCGGUUCCCAUACAACCCAAAACUAGUUCACAAACAGUGACUGCAGCUACCCAGCUUAAGAUCCCAGUUCCGGGUUCCCAUUGCCACACCCAGUUCCCAGUCAAACACCCUCCCCCCAUUUUACCAGCCCCCCCUUCUCACGCUCCCCACAUUCCGGUUCAGCUGGUAGGAGCCAGGCAGCCAGGGCAAGUGAGUGCCCAGGCUUUGGGCCUAACCCAAGUGAUCGCCGUUAGCAGCGCGCAAAGCUGUAACAGUAACAGCAGCACAAUGGGUCACAUUCAUAAUGUUCAACACAGUGGGGUCGCUCAGCAACAUGUUCAUGUCAAGCCUCUUUCUGGGGCUGUCCAUGACAACAGCCAGGCCAAUCAGCAUCAGCAAGGAGGAGGAGGAGGAGGAGGAGGAGGAGGCGAGAAGGUCCAGCCAGUGGGAUCUGGUAAUGUGGGUGUGUCUGCCGCCACCACUUCUUUUGGGAAUGUCGGUAUGGGCUUCUCUUCGCUGGUGACGACGGCAGCUGUUUUACCCCAGCAACUGCAGUUACCACAUCAACAGAGCCUCCAGCAGCAUCAGCAGAAACAACAGCCCAAGAUUGUCAGACCCUGUUCUGGUGCCAUUUGCGGUUCUGUUUUGGGGCCUGGAAGCAUUAGUGGCGCUAGUGCCGCCACGCAGACCUCUGCGACGGAUGUGUCAGCAAAGACAGGAGCUGCUGCAGCCAGCGGAGUAUAUGUGCAGCCACUGCAACUGCAGGUUAAGCAGCCAGUGGGAGGAAUAAAAAGAAAGGCAGAGGCGGGUGAACAAAAUGAGAAAAAGAGAGAGAGCCCCCCCUCCCUUCAUCCAUCAUUGGAGGGGCCAUACCAAAAACCAGACAAUACCCCAGAGAAAAACCAGGCCUCAGACCUCACUCCACUUGUCCCCUCCCUCUCCAGCCCCCUCACUGCCUCCAGGGGCGUGGCCUCAGACCCCUCCCUCUUGUCCAGUGGUCACCACGGGAACGAUUCCAAGCCUCCCCAGGCCAUUGUGAAGCCACAGGUUCUGACUCAUCUCAUCGAGGGCUUUGUGAUUCAGGAGGGCGCAGAACCUUUUCCUCAAUUGAUGUCAGCCUCAAAACAACAAAACCCACAGAAUGAUGAUACAGAACUAAUUUCAACAAGUUCAACUGUGGGUGGACCAGUGAAAGACAGGCAGGAAGGAGUGUCCUCUCUCCUAGCCUUUUCUCCUUCCUCACUUCCUGAUCACUACUAUCAAAACACAGUCUCGAAUGGGAAGUCCUCUCUGUUGAAGUGCGAGUACUGUGGCAACCUGGAACUCGCGCUGCAGUUCAGAGGAUCCAAGCGCUUCUGCUCCAUGACCUGUGCCAAGAGGUACAAUGUGAGCUGCAUUCACCAGUUCCGCCCGAAACAUAAGAAAGUGAAGGGGGCCAGGCUUGGGGAUGGGGGAGGAGUCAGGAUGAGGCGCAGGGGUCCUCACAGGAGCAGCAGCGAGAUUCCCUGCUCAAAAAUCACUGUUAGAAACCUUGAUAACAAGACUCGCUCUGAUUCCAGCCAAGGCUCGGGUGAGAACUCCAGCUAUGAAGACGAGGCUCCCUCCCCAAACCUCUCCCCUUCCUGCUCUCAACCCUCCCACUCCGAGCAGGCUGCGCAUGAUUCAUCCGGAUCCGCUCCUGCUGAGCUGCCAUUACAUGGUGAGCCUCACUUCCUGUCUGAGAACCCUGCCCACUGGAGCAUGGAGGAAGUGUGCGAGUUCAUUUCCUCUCUGCAUGGCUGCCAGGAGGUGGCAACAGAGUUUCUAGCUCAGAAGAUUGACGGGCAGGCCCUGCUGCUUCUGAAGGAAGAGCACCUGAUGACUGCCAUGAACAUCAAGCUUGGACCAGCGCUGAAGAUCUGUGCGCAUAUCAACAUGCUGAAGGAGGGCUAGGGAACGAGUCAGGGAUGAAACAAGACUCCCAUUGCUCAGCGGUUUGAUCCAUUCCUGGUUUUCUUAUGAGUUUAAUCGGACACAGCUGAGCUCAAGCCUGCAGUAAAACGUGGACUGGGUUCAAGUGCUAUGCAAUAGGUGCCUAUUUUCCAUCCCUGAGUCUGUCUAGUAAAACAUGGACUGGGUUCAAGUGCUAUGCAAUAGGAGUCUUUUUUACAUCCUUGAGUCUGUCUAGUGUGAUGUUCAAACAGGGUCCAGGAACACCAGUGAACGCGUGCACAAACGAGUCAGUCGAUCUAAACACUGCCACUGCUUAGAUCAGUUGAAUAGACCCCACAGACCCCAAAGUAAGAUUUGUAAAAAAAAUAUUGUGAACAAUUGCCAAGGUUUAACAGAUUACAGCCACGUGCAAUCCAAGGAGGCUAUAUGAGUCUUACGAUAAAAGUCUGGAGAGGAUUUAAGUAGAACAAUGUAAAGAAUGUCUUUAAAAGAUGGCAGUGGUAAUGUUACUGGUGCGCUAAUAAAAGUUAAGGGUUAACACCCCUUUGAAGAGGGACCAGUGAUGAUGAUGCUGCUAUUAAUAAAGGAAGGUAAGGAAGUUGAUUUUCAAGAAGACUUGUUCAGCACUCCUUUAAGGGGGGGGGGGGGCAGUGAUAAUGUUGCUAGGGCUAAUAGAGAGGUAAGAAAAUACAUUUGAAAACCUUGUUUAGCACUUCCUUUAAUAAACAUCUGUUUGGAACAUUA